UCUAAUAUAUACCUAUAAAAGUCUGCAUACUUGUUAAAAGAAAAUAAACCUUGUUCUCUUCUUCUCUGGCUCAACGGGAAACUAGCACUGUUUUCUCAACAACAAAGUAACCUUGACGCCAUCAUCGUUCAUCUCUACCAACUCGUCUCGCUCGCUCACUGGGUAUUUUUUUUUGUUGCUAGGUGCUUCUUUGCUUCUACUAGCAGCUGAGUAUAGCCAUCUUAUUCCAAUUGUUCACUCUCUUCAGCCCCGAUUGAGAUAGAAGACAUGGGAGUGGUUCAAUUGCAGUUCAGUAAAACUCAGAAGGUCCGUCUACACAAGGCGAAAGAAUCUUUAUCAUCCAAAAUGAAUUCCGAUUCUUUGGUUACCGUAGCUGAUUCUAUCCAUGUCAACCAUGAGGACGGUGUACUUAAGGGUCAUGGAACUGCUGACCUAGACGGUCAAGUUGUUGCCACUCUCUGUGGUACUGUGGAGCGUGUUAACAAGCUCAUUUAUGUGCGCGGUUUGGGCUCAAGGUACAAACCUGAAGUUGGUGACAUUGUUAUAGGGCGAGUUAUUGAGGUUGAUCAAAAGUUUUGGAGAUUAGAUAUUAAUUGCAAUAGAAAUGCUUAUUUGAUGCUUUCUGCUAUGAAUAUGCCCGACGGUGUACAGAGGCGAAGGACAGCUCUAGACGAGCUAAAUAUGCGCGGUAUUUUUGAGGAGGCUGAUCUCAUUUGUGCUGAAGUUCGUGGUUUAUCGCAUGAUGACAUACACCUUCAUGCAAGAAGUAAAAAAUAUGGAAAGCUUAGUACUGGUCAGAUGGUUAUGGUCUCACCGUAUUUAGUGAAGAGACAGAAACAACAUUUCCAUCAUCUGGAAGAACAUGGUAUUGAUCUAAUAAUUGGCUGCAACGGUCUGAUAUGGGUCGGGGAACACGUUAAGGUCAAAGAUGAAAUGGAAUAUCAAGUUAACCUAACUGAGCCAGCCCAUAAAAAAGAAGAGAAAAACGAUACGAGGAGAGAGUACAUAUGUAGGGCUGCUAAUGCUAUCCGAUUAUUGUCCACGUUAGGAUUCAGCAUAACCUUGGAAGUCAUUAAGGGAGUUGUUGAUUUGAGCCAGUCGUUAAAUCUUGAAAUACACGACAUGCUUGGUUCCGAGUUCUGUGUUCUAGUUGCUGAAAAGGAGGCAGAGAGAAGAAGCUCAAAUAAAAGGAAGCAGUAGAUUAUGAAAGCCCAGAUAAGAAGUUGUAGAUUAUCAAAGGUAGUUUACUCAUUUAAGUUGUAGUCUUGGGUCAUUUUAUGCCUUGUAAUUCUUUCAUUUCAUGGCAAUGUUGACAAGCUAGUGGGGAAUACACGCAAGAGGGAAAUGAACUCAGUGUUCAAAUUUAAAGCAAAUCCAAAUUAAAACAAGCUAAUUAAAUAGUAUUAAAUUUUUUAUAAAAUUGAAUAUUAUUGGGUGUUUUUA